AUGGGGCCGUUGUCGUUUCUGUGCUUGCUCGCGUCCAGUGCGUCGGUGUGCGGAUACUCCUGGCCCAGUGAGGAAACCACCACUCGACCCCCGCAGAUGAAAGACUUCCACAGCGAUCCCCUGGUCGUCGAGACGACCACGGGGCUGGUUCGCGGCUUCUCCAAAACCGUGCUCGGUCGGGAGGUGCAUGUUUUCACCGGAAUCCCCUUCGCUAAACCCCCUGUAGAUCAGCUCAGGUUCCGGAGACCGGUCCCUGUGGAGCCCUGGCAUGGCGUUUUGAAUGCUACCAACCUACCCAACUCCUGCUACCAAGAAAGGUACGAGUAUUUCCCUGGAUUCGAAGGGGAAGAGAUGUGGAACCCCAACACUAACAUCUCCGAAGAUUGCCUCUACCUCAACAUUUGGGUACCGCAGAGGCUGCGCAUACGCCACCACCUCGAGAAGCCUCCCAUGGAGCGACCCAAGGUUCCCGUUCUGAUUUGGAUAUACGGUGGAGGAUACAUGAGUGGCACCUCCACCUUGGAUAUAUACGACGCAGACAUCAUAGCAGCCACGAGCGACGUUAUAGUGGCUUCCAUGCAGUACCGUGUGGGAUCCUUUGGUUUCCUUUACCUAAAAAAGUAUUUCCCGAGAGGCAGCGAGGAGACUCCCGGUAACAUGGGGCUAUGGGACCAAGUCCUCGCGAUUCGUUGGAUCAAAGAGAAUGCUGCUGCUUUCGGUGGGGAUAGGGACUUGAUAACCUUGUUUGGUGAAUCCGCUGGUGGAGGCUCCGUAAGCAUUCACUUGAUAAGUCCGGUAACCAAAGGCCUAGCUCGUAGAGGAAUCUUACAAUCCGGUACCAUGAAUGCUCCAUGGAGUUACAUGACUGGAGAACGCGCUGAGCAAAUCGGACGGAUCCUUAUCCAAGACUGUGGUUGUAACGUAUCUUUGUUGGAAACCAAUCCACAUCAAGUAAUGGACUGUAUGAGGGCCGUCGACGCCAAGACAAUCUCGCUGCAACAAUGGAAUUCGUACUCUGGGAUUCUUGGUUUUCCGUCGACACCCACCAUAGACGGGAUACUUCUACCGAAACAUCCCAUGGAUAUGCUGGCAGAAGGAGACUACGAAGAUAUGGAAAUUCUUUUGGGGAGCAAUCAUGAUGAAGGUAGGUGA